AGAAACAGAUGUCUCGACAUUCGCCAUUGCAAAGAAAAAACAAAACAAAGAGAGCAUAUAAAUCGAAAACGAGUGUGGAACAAAGCGAGAAAGAGAGCAUCCCGCCAGGGGCAUAAUGGGAAACCAGAAGCAAAAGUGGACGGCGGAGGAGGAGGAGGCUCUGCUAAACGGAGUAGCUAAGCACGGUCCCGGCAAGUGGAAGAACAUUCUCAAAGAUCCCGAUUUUGCCCCGUUCCUCACUCAACGCUCCAACAUCGACCUUAAGGACAAAUGGCGGAAUUUAAGUGUUAGUAAUUCUGCACAAGGUUCUAAGGAUAAAUCAAGGGCAGCUAAAGUUAAAACUGUAACAGUAACUCCACCCUCAAAUGCACCAAACUCUGCUCCCGCUGAUGGAUCUGCAGAUGCUCUUAUGGACGACCUUUCAAACAAUGCAGCGGAUGGAAAGAACGCCCCAAGGUACAAUGCAAUGAUCUUUGAAGCUCUUUCGACCAUAAAAGACACAAAUGGAUGUGAUAUCAGUGCUAUUGUUCACUUUAUUGAGCAAAGGCAUGAGGUGCCACAGAAUUUUAGAAGGUUAUUAAGUUCAAGGUUGAGGAGGCUUGUUUCACAAGGCAAAUUGGAAAAGGUCCAAAAUUGCUAUAGAAUCAGUAAAGAUGCCUCACUGGGAACCAAAACGCCAACCCCAAAACAAAAGGAUGUCAGGCCAAGGCAGUCACAGAAUUCUGGAUUACUCUCUAGCAAGACAGUGGAGGAAGCAGCAAAAGCUGCUGCUUACAACGUUGCUGAAGCAGAAAAUAAGUCAUUUUUGGCUGCUGAAGCAGUUAAGGAAGCAGAAAGAGUAUCAAAGUUGGCAGAAGAUACCGACUCGACGCUUCAGCUAGUGAAAGAGAUCUAUGAACAAUGUUCACGAGGGGAAAUUGUUCUAUUGGCUUGAGUUAUCGAGUGUACAAUUAGGAAAAGCAAAAUUCUUAGUAGUUUUGGGCAUCUAUUAUGUAAAUUCAUUGCGUCUGGGGAUGGCUUUUUCUCGAGUUGCAUUAGUAGCAUUGUCCAUCUUUCUUCCCCUUUUUUGAGACGGUUAAUUGAAAGCUAUAGUUGGGUUAGUGAAGGCGUGCUCUUGGCUCGAGUUGUCGAAUGUACAAUUAGGAAAAACAAAAAUAUUAUUAAUUUUGAAACCCAUGUAAAUUCAUUGAAUCAACUGAUCAGAUCUUAAUUUAUUGUUUACAUCAUUACAUGGAAUGGUAUUUUCUUCA